GAUUAUUCUUUUUUUUUAAAAACUUAACAAACUUGUAAGGAAAAAAACUCAGCCACCGGCACAACUUUGACCUUGGAGUCGCACCUCUGAAAAACUCAACUGCCUGGAAAACACAGCCGGAGUUGCUCGUGCACCGCCACAAACAGUUACAAAGUCCAUCCAGGGGAUAACUUGUUACGGUUAUUGGAACCUCAGAGAGCAUGGACACUCAAAAAAGCCAAGCUGAAAAGCCAUCUUCAUCAGCUGCAGUUGCCACUUCAUGUCGAAAGAAGAAGCAUGAAGAAGCUGGAUUCUUGGAGGAUAUCAAGGAUCACAUUGACGAGUUUAUAAAUGCUUCUAUGGAUGAACAUAAAACCUGCUUUCAGAAAACAAUUAAAAAGAUGUUCAGUUUGUCUAAGGUAGUUGCUGAAGCAAACUCCAAUGCUGCAAAAGAAGUUGAAAGUUCUUUGCCUCUUCAGACAGUUUUAAAAGAUUAAAUUUAUUAUUUUUGAACGACUAGGUUUAGCCGAGGUAUGUGGCAAUAACCUACACAUAUUUUGUUAUACUUAUAUCAGGAUUUGAAUAAAUGGAAAGAAGCUGCCUUUAAACAAAAUUUUGAUUGUAAAAAUUCCAUUUAGGAGAUGUCCUUUCGCUAGAGAUUCUUUGUUUCUCCAAAGAAAUGGAUAACUCUCACUAUAAUGAUUUCAUAUGUAUGAAGGUAUAUAGACACAUUACUAUUGCGAUGCUCUUCCAACCCCUAAAAAAUCUUGGUGUUACUGAAAGGACAUCUUGGUGUUACAUUAGAAUCUAGUAAUGUAAAACACCAAUACGGUAGUGAAAAUGGGAUAAAUGAUGUUACUGAAAGUUCCAAUUUAGUAGUAUAUUUUACACA